UGUCAUUCUUAUUGUCAAUAACAGUCAAUAAUAUAAAAAUGCUGACUUGGUGGUUUUAUUUAAUGCAAUUUUUGGAUCAUUUCAAAUCUACAAUGUUUCAUAACUGGUCUUAAGUGUUGUAGCAUUGCCAUGCUUUUUGGCACUAUCAAAAAAUUAUUAUCUAGUGAAUAUCAAGAAUUUGAUGAUACAAUUUUGAUUGAAAGCCCAUUUAAAGAAACAACGCGAGAUGGCAGGCACAUGUUGCGAUUUGUGCAGCUAGGUUUGAGCUCAAGAGCUUUUAUAGUUGCUUCUGAACAUGAUAUAACUGGGAAAAAUACUACAACAAGUGAAGGUACUCCACUAUGUCGGGAAUCUAGCGUUAUAGAAAUACUUUCAUUGUACCCCUGGGAAUCAAUAAAAUUGUCUGUUUUCAAAAGAACCAAAAAGCAGACACUUAAGGCUUCAUUCAUCAAUAAAGGUAUAAGAUAUUUUGAACUGCGAGACAUACCAAAAAAGAAGAUAUUUUGGACUCUAUGGUGCAGUAAUAUAAAAGAAGUAAAUAGUUCGAAGAGAAAAUGGCCCUUUUCAGUAUCGCCCCAUGCAAAGGCCAAUUAUAGUAAAAAAACAGAAGGUCGAGUUGCUGAAUGCAUAGAAUUACGUUUCAUAAAACAUGGUGAAAAGCAGAAACAUUCUAAAUGGAAAGACAAAUACUUAUAUUUAGGAUCCCAAAGGGAAGCUGAAGACAAAGUUCGACCUGUACCAAUACCCGGUCUAGGGCGCGCUGAAGAGAUAAAACUGUUAUACCUGAAACCGCGAUAUUUUGGAUGUUGGGAGCAAUCCGAACACUGGGUACAAUGUGGCAACAGCUCAUUAGAUAUAAUCAGUCAAAAUUAAUGGCGUAGCAACAAGUUUUACUAUGGAGCCGAGUAGGUAUAUUUAGGCCUAUUUUCACCGACAACAUAAACGUCAGAUUGUCGUAAAACAAUCGUUUACUUUGAAAAUUGAACAAAGUCAAAGUCAAAAGCUCUUUAUUCGUUAAAACUCGUUGUCAACAUCUGUUUAAAGAAAACUGACGUUCGUGUUGUCGAUAACUUGAGCCUUACUUUCUCUCGUCGAUGAUUUUUUAUUAUUAUUGUAGAUUAGAUACUUAAGUCAUCCAUCACAAUAAAAUGUGGUAUAUCCGUCGAGUUUGAUUCUGCUAAUUACUUUUUAAAGGUCCUCGUAUUUUUUUAUUUUACGACUAGCUGUUUUCGGCCGCGGUUUCACCCGCGUCCCUUCCGGUACCCGAAUAUAGCUCAAACUUCUUCCAGUCUGGUACCCGAAUAUAGCUCGUGUGCACCAGGGAUAAUGUUGCUUCACGAAAGUGAAAUAAUUUUUCUCUUUAUAAUAUUAUCAUCAUCAU